AAAACUCGUGGAGCCCCCUAAAAGCGCCACGUCAGACCAAACAUGGAAUAUUCCCGAUUUUUCCCGUCCCCCGCGAAAUAUAUUAAUGAGAAAGAAAGAAACCCCUCCCCCAACACGAAACUCUCAAAUUUGAAACCACAACGAAGCAAAACCACCAUUGUUGCAGGAAUUUCGAGUAAUUAUAGGAAAAAACAUGACGAAUCGGCCAGUGUUGCGUCUAAUAGUUGUCGGAUUAAUGUUUCUUAUCGUCGUAGAAUCCAAAAAAGUCGACCCAUAUAAGGUACUUGGGGUGGAUAAAAGUGCGAGUCAACGUGAAAUUCAAAAGGCCUUUCACAAGCUGUCGCUCCAGUAUCAUCCUGACAAGAACAAAAAUAAGGGUGCGCAAGAAAAAUUUGCAGAGAUCAAUAACGCAUACGACAUCUUAUCAGACGAACAGAAGAGGAAGAACUACGAUCUAUACGGGGAUGAAACAGGUACUCCUGGAUAUUCCGAUUUCACUAGUGGUGGACCAGGACACAGUGGAUUUAAUUUCAGGCCAGGUGGAUGGGAAAACAUGGGUGGACAACAAGGUUCAAAAUCAUUCUCAUUUUCUUUUGGAGGACCUAGUUCAGGCAAGCCAAGUUCGUCUGGUUUUGGCUUUAAUGACAUAUUCUCUAGUAUUUUUGGCGGUGGUAUGGGAGGAGGAGGUAGUCAGUUUGGUGGUUUCAGUAGCUCGAGUGGCUCCCAGCAUGGGACUGGGCGCUCCGCUAAGAGCAUGCAAUCUGUGAAUGCACAAUUUUAUAGGAAAGAAAUAGUCGAUAAUGGGAUGACGUGGCUUUUAUUCGUGUACACUUCGAAUCUCAAAGGGAUCCAACAUUAUGAAUCUCUGGUAGAUGAAGUUGCCACCUCCUUUCAAGGAGCGUUGAAGAUUGGAAGCAUAAAUUGUGAAUCUGAUGCAUCCUUCUGCAUGGAGCUUAGUGUAUACCCUCGCAGAGAACCAAAGAUCUUUGUUUAUUCAUAUACAUCUAGUGACAAAGGUUCAUUAACGGAGUAUGAUGGCAAUUUGGAUGUAAAAUCCCUUAAAAGUUUUUGUCAAGACCACUUGCCCAGAUUUUCGAGUCGUGUCAACUUGGAAAAUUGGAAUGCUGCUUCUGAGUUUGGAAGGAUACCCAAAGUGUUGCUUCUGUCUACAAAGAAAAGCACUCCUGUUAUUUGGCGGGCACUUAGUGGAUUAUAUCGUAAGCGCUUUGUGUUCUACAAUGCAGAGGUGCGUGACGUUUCAGAUCCAUCUGUGAGAAAAUUAGGCGUUGACUCACUUCCAGCUGUCGUUGGUUGGCUGUCGAAUGGGGAGAAGCAAAUUCUCAAAUCUGGGAUAUCUGUAAAAGAUUUGAAAUCUGCAGUUCAAGAGAUUAGCAGCUUGCUCGACAAAUUCGACAAGAAGAAUAAGAAGGCAGCUUCUGGUAAGAGGGACAACACCGAAACGGUAGAGGAAAGCAUACCCUUGCUUACAUCAUCGAAUUUUCACGACAUAUGCAGCGAGAAAGUUCCUGUCUGCUUUAUUGGUGUCUCCAGGUCAGCGUCAAAUAGGGACAAGCUGCAAAAGAUACUGCAGUCUGUGUCUCAGAAAUCAUUUUCUAGACGGCAAAGUUUUACAUCCGGUUCGAGGGAUUCGGUUUCGUACGCACUUUUAGACGCUUCAAAACAGCAAUCAUUUUUAAACGCCCUCAACAAAUCAGGGUUAAAAUCGGCAGAAAAAUUAUUGGUGGCCUAUAAGCCAAAGAGAGGAACAUACGCAACUUCUGAAGGUGAAGUAACCGAAGAAACGGCUGAGGGGUUUAUAAGUUCGGUACUGAACGGAGACGUACAUUUUUCCAAAGCAAGAUGGAAGCCUACCGUAAACUAAUUAACACCUAAAUUUAUCUUAUACUAUUCUUCUCAAUCACAUGCUCAGAAGAAGGAAGUCUCCAUGUACAUAUGUGAUUAACUGGUAAUCAUUUAUAUAUAUUUUUUGUUUCUUAUCUUACCCUAUUCGAGGCUGUAAUUUAUCUCCAGAUUGAUGGAGAUUUUUUUUACCACUGUAAAAUGUGGUACUGAAGAGUGCUAAACUUUUACCAGGGGCAAUCUUGUAAAGAAAACUAGGAUUUUUUUUACUGUAUCAUAUUGUAUGUACACUUUAGGCCCAUGGUACUUAAUUUACCCGUUACUGUUAGGUUUUCGGGUUUUCGGGUUUUUAUAUUCGGCUUACUGUUUCCAAUUAUGCAGUGAAAAUCAUGUUCUAAUUAGUUACAGAGUUAUGUAUGAAAAUAUCUACACAAUUAACUAUAGUAUAAAAUGAAUAAUGCAUGAAAAA